CGCAUACAUUCACUGCAAGAAUCUAGUCUGCCAAUUUCCCCAGUACUACAUCGAGUGUAUACAAAGAAAUAAGGAGAGCACUGCGAUUAUUUGCUAGUCUAUAGUAUUCCAGUCAAGUAAUAUACAGACACAUUGUCUUCGAUGGUCAACAUGUCGUCAACAACUACAACCGAAGUCGGGCCUACAAGCACGGUGCAAGUGAGAUUCGUUCCCAGCGAUGAAGCACAAUUCACUGUAACAGAUACGCCUAUUGCUGUCCCAGAAACCCUUAGGCGAUAUGCUUUGAGUGAAAUUGUGAACCAUUUGCUUGGAAAUGAGAAGCCUAUACCGUUCGACUUUCUAGUGGAUGGCAUGCUUUUGAGAACUUCGGUCGCCAAAUACUUAGAAUCUCACGCUCUCUCGCGGGAGACAAUUGUCAAGCUGGAGUUUUUCAUGGCCACACCCGCUCCGGAGGCUAGUACUGAACUCCCCCACGACGACUGGGUGGGUGCGCUAGAUACCAACAGCAACGGGCUUAUACUGACGGGAUCAUACGAUGGCGUAGUCAGUUUGUGGUCAGGUACGGGUGAUCGUGUAGCCACAGCCGCAGAACAUACAGGGGGUAUCAAAAGGCUGGAGACUAUAAGCGAUGAUAUGUUUGUCACGGCUUCGCUGGACCAUUCUCUGCGAGUUUGGGGUGGGGUGAGGGAAGAGAGCUUGACUACCAAGCUAUUACUAUCGGGCCAUACAGGAAGUGUGGAAGGCGUGGCUGUAUCAUCAAAUGGGCAGACCUGUGUUAGUGGUUCAUUCGACAAGACUCUGCGCGUGUGGUCAUUGGCACCCGCGGGCUCACUCGAGGGCGAAGAGGAACAAAGCGGAAAGAAGAAACGGAAAACAAACGUCUCCGCCCAGCGCACAACCACCACCACGCGGGAGGCGUCGCUGGUACUCGAGGGCCAUACCAACGGCGUCACAUCGGUCGUAUACGGCCCACAGAACACCGUCUACAGUGCGUCGUGGGAUCACAGCAUACGCCAAUGGGAUAUCAAUAGCGGCCGUGUGGUGCACACACUCGUGGGGGGCAAGGUUAUACAGAGCAUCGCGUACUCGGAGAGUGCCAAUCUGAUAGUAUCAGCGGGAGCCGACAAGGCCGUGCGGUUAUGGGACCCGCGCGAGAGUGCAACCACGAUGAUCAAACGUACUCUGGUAUCACACACGGGCAUGACAUCGUCUGUGGCUUGGAGCCCGACCGACGGCAACCAGUUUGUGUCAGCGGCGUAUGAUGGCGAUAUUAAGAUAUGGGACGCGCGCUCGAGUAUCCCACUACACACUGUUAAAGCCAUCGAGGGUAAGGUUCUAUGCGUCGCGUGGCCGUCUAAAGAACAGAUUCUCUGCGGAGGCGACGAUAACCGAGUGCAUAUCCAUUCAGUUGGUAAAUGAUUGCGUAGAUGUGAAUAAAGUAAAUAGAGAGCGUCCG